AUGAGUGCAGGCUUCGACACACCAAGCCACCUCGAUCAUCGGGGCUGGGUAUGGGUCGCUGGGAUUCUUGCGCUAGUUUACUCGCUGCUGUGUCUGGCCGCCAGGGCAGUCGGGAAAUGGGGUCUGCUGUGGUACGAUGAUAUUGUCCUGGGGAUAUCUUAUCUCGCCGCGGUAGUCAGCUGGGGAUUGAUAUUCGCCUCGCUUGAACAAGGCUUGGGUGUGUCGAAUCUGACAUUGUCGUCUUCGGAAGUCGAGAGCGCAGCGAAGCUAUACUUUGCAUCUCGAAUUCCAUUCUUCAUCAGUCAUUGCCUCAGUAAGGUGUCCAUUCUCAUCUUUACGCGCCGUAUAUUUGCGGGAGACAUWUACAAGGAGAACAUGAUCUUCGGAAUAUCCUACUGUGUUUGUAUCUUGUAUGGGUUCCUCGGUGUUCUCCUCAGCUCUGCAGAUUGUCGACCAGGACAAGCUCUUGUUGCCAGCGAUGAUGCUGUCUGUAACGCCAACGUGGCACGUUGGACCGCCAUCACCAUCUUGGACGGAGUGAGCGAGAUUUUCGUCCUAGCCAUGCCAAUCUGGUUCAUCAGCAAAAAUCAACUGAAAGCAUCCAAAAAGAGAAUUGUCGUCUUCGUGUACUGCUUCCGUGUUAUUGACAUUGGCUUCGGAAUUGCGACUACGGUMUCAUAUUUCAACUUCCUUCGCAAUGGCCAGGACAACAUCGAUAUCGUGCCUGUGGUGGUCUGGGAGCUUGUUAUGCUGACCUUCUCCCUCAUCUCGGCCUCUUUCCCAUGCCUGCGAACAUUUCUCYGGGCCUUCAUGUCACGAGGUGUGUUGACCAUGUAUGGCAACACUACGACCAUCUCUGGAUCAGACAUGCGCUCGGGACAGCGAGAUCAUCAUCCUAGUGUGCAGCUGAACUGUCUCCCGAACAAGUCCACGACACAAUCGGACGGUGUGGAUGAGGACGGGGUCCCUCGACAAGCGAGACUUCGACCGGAAUGGGUGGAGUACCGAGUAGACGUUCGCGGAACCGACACCCGCCCGAAGAAGAAAAGCAGCGCUACUGGCGGUCUAGAAAGGCGUAGUGCCUCACGGAGUGCUCGACACAGCACAAGGCGGUCCGACGAUUCGGAUCGCAUGAUCAUCCGCACCGAAACGACAUAUCGCGUGGAAAGCAGAUAA